AUGGUCCGUACAACUUUCUUCAUACGCGCACACCUCGAACGCACAAAUGACGUGCGCAUGCUCGUAUUCGACGACAGCUUCACAAUGUCUAUGUCCGAACACAACAGUUACAAAGUCGAGACAUCUGUGAUGAGAAAACCAUUCCCAUCUCACCUCCGAAUCGGUUUUGAUGGUCUUUUGUUGAAAUCUUUGGUUUUAGAUGGUGAGGGUACUAAUACUAUCACACUUAGUAUUCUGAAUCCCUUGACAAGGCAAAACCUUGUCAUCCCUCCGCUUCAUGGGAUAAACAAAUUUACGAGGUACGGUGUUGCGUAUGCACCGGUUUCGAAAUUGUACAAGGUGGCUGUAGCGUUACCUCCCGAGUCAGAGGACUCGACAACCGAAGCCGAGUGCUGCUAUAUAUUUACUGUUGGAGCCGUGAACGGCUCGUGGAGAAGUGUAUCUACUGCGCACUUGUCUAUUGCGGAUAAGAAAGCAUUUGAAGGCGAGCCGUUGACUAUCGAAGGGGGAUUUAUCCACUGGAUCGCGCUCGACAAUGACAGAGUUUUGACUAUGGAUAUAGAGAAGGAGACUAUUAAAGAGACUCCUCUGCCUAUUAAUGAAGUCGAUGCACAGCCAACGGUAUUUCUGUCGGCAGGGGAAUAUCUGUCCUUUUUGGUUCAGUGUGGGGAGUAUUCGUGGGAUGCAUGGGAAAUGAAGCCGAAAACGGGAGAAUGGAGAAAGUUGAGGAGAAUCACUUUCGGGGCUCACAAGAGCACGUUUGAGCAGUUUGAUCAACUUGAGUGGCUGAUUGUCCCACUUGCCUGGUUAAGGUAUCCCGAUGUUUUGGUGCUUGCUUUUGGUGAUGCGAAUGAGCCGUCGAUUUUUCCAUAUAAUCUUGAUACUAAGGAGAUGGUGACAGUCGGGCUUCCUGAAGUAGUGCGCAAUUUGUGUCCUAUAAUCCACAAGAAUAGCCUCGUCCGGUUUUAG